AUGCUGCUCAAUCAGACACCCCGCGCAAGUUUGCGCAUCGCCUCUUCAUCGACACAACAAGCCCGCCAUGCAUCGUUGAUGCGCCGCCCCAAGCGACCAUACACCUUCACCCAGCUCGUCACUCUAUCCGACGGCAGCACCUUUGUCCAGCGCACCACCAGCCCGCAACCUGUCUACCGCAGCACNAAAGAUGUGCGCAACAACCCGCUCUGGAACCCCAGCAGUCAGAAGCUGUUGAACAUUGAAGAGGAUGAGGCUGGUCGUUUGAAGAGAUUCAGAGGUCGUUUCGGCCGUGGCUGGGAUGCUGAGGCUGUUGCUGGUUCCGAAGAGGUGCGUUUCUAUUUUGUCUGGGAUUCUCAAAGAGCAUGUUUUGCUGACAUGCACAAUAGGCGNCGCGAUGGCGAAGAAGCUCUGACCCCCGAAGAAUCAGAGGACUCUUUGCUCGACCUCAUCUCCAACUACGGCAACGAAGCCGAGGCUGAUGACAAGGCUGCUGGCAAGAAGGAGGAGGUCAAGUCAAGUGGCAAGGGCAAGGGUGGCCAGAAGUAA